ACUUCAUGUUGGCUGGGGUGGGCGACUAAACAAAUCCCAGAACGAAGAACGCAAACUGUCACGAUUCAUCUUCAUCUCCAUCUCCAAGGCUAUUCGUUGGGUGAUUACUGAUUAGGAAUUGCGAGUUUUGGCCGACAUCAUCAUACAAUCGCUCGCGGCUCGCCUGAUCAGAUAUUAUGCCUCCCGUUCCCAAAUACAAAUACCUAUCUGGUUGUCAAAAACGUAAAAAGAAGAAGCUAGAGGAAGAAAGAGCAAAGGCUGACAAAGGGCCGCGUAUACACAAAUUUUUCUCAAAACUAUCUCAAAGUUCUAGUUCUAAUGUGGAUGCUAACGUGGGUGAAGAUAAUGCGGAUGUUAAUGUGGAGGAAGCUAAUAUGGGUGAAGAUGAUGCUAAUGUUAAUGUGGAUGAAGCUAAUGUGGGUGAAGGUGAUAUGAAUGCUAAUUUGAAUGAAGCUAAUAUGGGUGAAGAUGAUGUUAAUGUUAAUGUGGAUGAAGCUAAUGUGGGUGAAGAUGAUGUUAAUGUUAAUGUGGGUGAAGAUAAUGAUAAUGGUAAUCCUAGUAUUGAUAUUUUUGAUCCUAGAACUUGGGAUUCGCUUAAUCCUAACUUGAAAAAUGAAUUGGUUAAGAAAGGUCCAAAAAGAGAGUUGACUAUUGAUAAGGGUCUCGUGGAUAAAGAUGGAAGGCGAUUUUCUAAAGUCAUGUAUACUAGAAUUCUAUCAAACAGGGAGACACGUGAAAGAGAAUGGCUAGUGUAUUCAAAAGAGCUUGACAAACUCUUUUGUUUUUGUUGUAAACUUUUUAAACAAGGGCAUCCGAAAGGUGGGUUAGAUAACGAAGGUUAUGCGGAUUGGAGGCAUGCUUCUCAAGGUCUUAAAGCGCAUGAAGUUAGAUUUGAACAUCUCAAGAAUAUGCAUCAAUGGUUUGAAAUGCGCCAAAGGUUAGAAUGCAAUGAAACAAUUGACAAAGGAACUUAUGAGCAAUUCAAAAAAAGAAAGAGAUUAUUGGAAAGAAGUUAUUUUUAGGAUUAUUGCUCUUGUGAAAUUUCUUGCUAAACAUGGACUAGCAUUUCGCGGAAAACAUGAGAAGUUGUAUCAAAAGAGCAAUGGAAACUUUUUGGGUUUGAUUGAGAUGUUGGAAGAGUUUGACCCGAUUAUGAAAGAGCAUGUGCGACAUAUCAUGAGUGAUGAACUCCAUGUACAUUAUCUUGGGCAUAACAUUCAAAACGAGUUGAUACAAUUACUAGCUCAUCAAAUUAAAACAGAAAUCAUCACGAAGAUAAAGGAAGCAAAGUAUUACUCCAUAAUACUUAAUUGCACCCCCGAUACAAGUCACCAAGAACAAAUGUCUAUAAUUGUGAGGUAUUUGAAUUUUAACUCUAAUUCUAAUUAUGCGACCAUUGAGGAAUCUUUUUAGGUUUUUUGGUUGUUGAUGAUACUACCGGUAAAGGACUUUUUGAAGUUACGUCUAAGGAAUUAGAUCUCUUGGUCUUAAUAUCGGUGAUAUGCGUGGUCAAGGCUAUGAUAAUGGAGCAAACAUGAAGGGAAAAAAAGUGGAGUUCAAAGGAGAUUCUUAGAAAAAAAAAUCCUAGAGCUUUGUAUAGUGCUUGUGGUUGUCAUAGUCUUAACCUUGCACUGUGUGACAUGGCUAACACCAUUACUAAGUCUAGAGAGUUUUUUGGAACAAUACAACGCAUUUAUACGAUCUUUGCCAAUUCCAUUAAUAGGUGGCAUAUUUUAAAAGAAAAUGUUAAAGGGUUGACUCUUAAGUCAUUGUCUACCACUCGUUGGGAAAGUCGUGUAGAUAGCAUUAAGCCUAUUGGAACUCAACUUGUAGAUGUAAGAAAAGCUUUGAAAGAAGUUAGGGCCUCGGAUAAUGAUCCUAAAAUUCAAAGCAAAGCUAAAUCACUUGAAAAGUAUGAGGUUGGUGACUAUGAAUUUUUGGUACAAAUCGUCAUUUGGUAUGAAAUAUUAUCAAAUGUGAAUGUGGUGAGCAAAAGAUUGCAAUCAAAGGAUGUGGUUCUUGAUGUUGCUAUUGAUGAAGUGGACAAAUUGAUUAAAUACUUCAAAAAUUAUAGAGAAGUGGGGUUUUCUAAGGCAAUUGAUGAAGCUAUAGAAAUUGCCAAUGAAUUGGGUGUUGAUGCGGAAUUCCCUCAAAAACGUGUGAUACGUAGGAAAAAGCAAUUUGAUGAGAAUUCAAGUGUAGAAGUUAUAUUUUCACUCGAUGAGGAUUUUAAAGUCAAUUAUUUUUUAUGUAUUGUAGAUCAAGCUAUAAGUUCUCUUGAAACAAGAUUCGAUCAAUACCAAAAAUUCAAAAAAAAUAUAUGGUUUUUUGUUUCCUAAAAAGUUGAAGAUACUUGAUGAAAAAGAUCUUAAGUCUUGUUGUUAUCGUCUUCAAGAUGCAUUGAAAUGUAACGAAGAAUCGGACGUUGAUGCUAAAGAACUUUAUUUGGAGUUGAAGUUGAUCAAGACAUUCUUACCGAGUCACAUUGAGGUUAGCCCUAUUGAUGCUUUAAACAAUAUCUUUCGGCUAGGUGAUUUUCCUAAUGCUAUAAAUGCAUAUAAAGUGCUUGACAAUUCCGGUAACAGUGGCAUCGGCAGAAAGAAGCUUUUCAAAAUUGAAGUUGUUGAAGUCUUAUUUGCGAUCGAUAAUGUCCCAAGAAAGACUUAAUGGCUUGGUGAUGAUAUCUAUUGAAAACGAAAUACUAGAAGGUAUGGACUAUAAAGACUUGAUCGAGAGCUUUGCUUCCAAAAACGCUAGGAGAGCCUCACGAUUUGCUUAAGUAAGUUAGUUUGAUUAUUUUGCUACACUACUAUUGUUUUGUAUAUUUUUAUAACAAUUAAUCAAUUAAUGUCGUAUUGUGGUUUUUA